UCCGGCACCGGGAGCCGGCGGGAGAUCCGAGGAGUCCUGGAAGGGACACAUCAUCCGAGAGCUGAAGCACCGAGACCUGAGCCAGCACGCCAUGUUCCAGGACCUGAUCCGCUUCUGUACGACGACCAAGUACAACUUUUAUCCCCUUUAAAUCCAUCACAGGCGGUCUGAGAGCAGCAGUCACCGGGCCGAACAUUUAAAAACCCAUUAAGUUAGUGUUCAGAGUUACAGUGAGGUUUUACAGGCUGACGCUGAGAAAUUACUGCACGAAGAAAGACACUGAUCAUUUUUGAGUGAGGUUUGGUUCAGAGAAAUCAGGGCUUUGUAGUGGGGAACCAAGAGGUUUUCAUCAAAGGGCAGCAGAAGUAAAUAUGUUUAAACCAGAACUAACGUCCUCGCAUUUGCUCUCGUUACUAAUCAGCCUGUUUAACCCUGUACUCAGGAAAUGUCACAGGAGCUGCUUUACUUAGGGACAAAAAAGAUGUUUUUUUUAAAAAUAGGGCAGCUCUACACCAAACUCUAUGUAGGGAGACGGGAUUCCAUCUCAUCCAGGUAACUUCAGGGCUAACUCUACUCAUCGCCAUGGUAACAUAUACUGCGAGCUUGCUCCAGAGCAGCUUCAUGCGACUGCUUGUCCCCACUGCCAGCGAUGGGAUACGUGAAUGCAGACAACAGGGAGGGAAAGACACUCAGCUGCUGGAGAAAACCAGUCUGACCAAAGGACUGCUGAGCAGCGCCGCCAGGCGUCCCCCCGCGGGCGGCGCCCCGCUCUCGUCCCUGCAGCAGCAGAGCAUCCAGCUGAAGAAGACCACGGGAGAGUUAGCCUAUCAGGUGGUGGAGCUGACGCAGCAGAUAAAAAUCAAAGACGGCGUUCUGGAGGAGCAGCAUGCCAGGCUGCUGCAGGAGCAGCGUUGCCUGUCGCGAGUGUCUGAAACUCAUCAGGAGCUGCAGGCACAGGUGGAGCAGGUUCAAGGGCAGAACACGGUGCUGAAGGUGGAGUACGACACUCUCCUGGAGCAGCAGAGAGCAGCGGAGGCGAAACUAAGGCAGGAGACAGUCGGAGGGGAAGAACUGCUGGCCAAGGUGAUGAAGCGGAAAAACCAGGCCGCAGCUCGGAUGAACAGCCACAACGAACGCCGCUCCAGAGCUCGAGAGGCAACCCAGGCCGCAGCCAGGUCGAAGGUCAACUUGGACAGGUCAGCUGUCCAUCCCCCGAGCUCUACAUCGCCCUCUUCAGGUUUCUCUAACUCAUCAAGUGCUCCGAGCUCCAGAUCGACGUCUCCAAAGAACGAGAAACGGGACGCGUCCACGGAACGAAAACCCAUGCGACUCGUGAGGUCGGCGUCGGUGACGUCUCCGAGGAUCCUGACCUCCAUCAAAGAGCUGUUUGACAGGAAGAGGCGGGGCCACUCGGUCUGCAGUCAGGAGGAAGAUCUCGUCUCUCCUGUAAGAAUCUGUGUGUCAGCCCGAGUCCCAGCCAGAGCUCUGCAAGUCCUGGAUGCCCAUGAGCAAGACAUCAACGCCGUGCGGUUCAGCUCCAGCUCAGACCUGCUGGCCACGGGGGGGACAGACAAAGUGAUCAAACUGUGGGAGGUCAGGGCAGGCUUGCUGACUCACAGAGGGACCCUGGACGGCAGCACGGAGGGCAUCACCUGCAUCGAGUUUGACCCCAUGGGCUUCAGGAUCCUCGCCGCGUCCUACAGCAAGGCGGCCAUGCUGUGGCAGCUGGGCGACUCCGUUCCAAAGGUGACUCUUACAGGUCACAGCAGGAAGGUGACGGCGGCGAGGUUCAGCAGCAUCACCCAUCAGGUGGUGACAGGAAGUGCCGAUGGCACCAUCAGACUGUGGGACCUGCGGCGAGCUGCCUGUCUGCAGUCGCGUAAUGUGGCGAAGUACUGCAGCGACCUGGUGUGCUCUGAGAACUGCAUCAUCAGCGGACACUACGACGGGCAGAUCAGAGCGUGGGACUCCAGGGUGGCGAGCUGCGUUCAGGUGUUUCCUGCUCAGGGAAAAGUCACCUCGUUGGACCUCAGUUCUGACCACUGCCAGCUGCUCAGCUGUUGCCGUGACGACUGUCUCCAACUGUUCGACCUGAGGAGGUGGAGCAACGAGCGCGUGACCUUCAGAGCCGACGGGUUCAAAUGUGGCAGCGACAGCACCAAAGCCGUCAUCAGUCCAGACUGCUGCUAUUUGGCGGCCGGCUCUGCAGACGGCGCAGUUUACAUCUGGAAUGUCUCGACGGGCAAGUUGGAGACCCGGCUACCCGACAAACACAGCUCGUCCAUCAGCGCCGUGUCCUGGUCUCUGUCCGGCGAAUACUUCGUCAGCGUGGACAAGAGCAAGCGAGCCGUCCUCUGGAGUGACAUGUGAGGCAAACCCGCGACCAGGUCACGUUGUCAUGGAGACGCGUCACACAUCCAGCUUUGAUUGGACAGACGGCUGUUUGACAAAAGUCUUUAAGCUAUUUGUUGGUUGGACCAAAGGGAAGUGACAUUACGUUGUUGUGAUCUAUGAUAACCCUGAAGAAUAUUAACCAGGGAGGAGAACAUGGACGUUCUACCACCUUUAAGCUUUUCUGUGUAAAACCUGUGUGAACAAAGGGAAACGUGGAACCAUUUCACAGCCGACACGCCAAAACGAAGCGAGGCCGAACGGCUCAUCGGUCACGCGUGCACACGUCAGCCCGUGGCGUGCACACGUCAGCCCGUGGCGUGCACACGUCAGCCCGUGGCGUGCGCUGUGCUCACGGGCUGAAACCAAGCUAACUUCUUUUUACCUGGAACGAGUAGAACGGUUUUGUUUUUAUCGUUGCGGACAGAUUAAUAACUCGCACGCUCCUAACACUCUUGUUUUAGAUGUUAAUUUUUUCCCGCCCUGUCUCAGCUGCUUUUGGGUCCUGAGAAAGUCUUAAAUUGACAUUUGUUAAUAAAAGAUCUGAAACGGUUUUAAACUGAUGUUUUCGGUCACCUCAGAUUCAUGUCCCCGCUUUUACAUCCAGAGUGGGGCCGCAGCGCGACACUGAAGCCCCACCCACCUGCUGGCAACCAAUCAGAAGAAAGUUGUCUCUAAAGGGGGAGGGGCCACCACCCUCAGACUGCCUUAACCUUUGAACCCCCGAGAAGAAGCUUUCGUUCAGGCCCGGGAACAUUUGCUCCUGAUCCUGAAUCUAAACCAGCCGCUCUGGGACCGGUGGGCGUGUUUCCAGUCUCUUUGCUCUCAGCCGUGGAUUUACAUGUAAAGGCUGCUGCAUGCAGUCACUGAGGGAUUAUUUUGAACUGUAAGUGAUGCAAAGCUGCUGUGGAGGAAAUGAGCAGAACGUGCCGCUCAGGUAAAUGCUCAGGUGUGUUUUUGUCUCAGAUGUCGUUCUGUCAGUGUUUUUAAUAUUAUUGUUUCUGCUCUCAGCUCUAAUAAACGCUGAUCUCUAACCGUC